UCCGCUCCCGCCGCGCCCGCCGGCUUUGCGGAGAUGAUCGCCGCCCUGCUCCUGCUCCUCCCUCUCCCCUUGCUCCUGUACAUGGCCGCUCCGAGAAUCAGGGAAAUGCUGUCCAGUGGCGUGUGUACCUCCCCCGUCCAGCUUCCUGGGAAAGUAGCUGUGGUUACGGGAGCCAACACAGGCAUUGGGAAGGAGACGGCCAAAGAGCUGGCUAAAAGAGGAGCCCGGGUAUACCUCGCAUGCCGAGAUGUACAAAAGGGGGAAUUGGUGGCCAAAGAAAUCCAGACCAAGACAGGGAACCAGCAGGUGUUGGUGCGUAAACUGGACCUUGCUGAUACGAGAUCCAUCCGAGCGUUUGCCCAGGGCUUCUUAGCAGAGGAAAAGCAGCUCCACAUUUUGAUCAACAAUGCGGGAGUGAUGAUGUGCCCCUACUCCAAGACAGUAGAUGGCUUUGAGAUGCACAUGGGCGUCAACCACCUUGGUCACUUCCUUCUGACCCACCUGCUGCUAGAGAAAUUGAAGGCAUCCGCCCCAGCAAGGGUAGUGAACGUGUCUUCUUUAGCACAUUUCCUGGGGAGGCUCAACUUCCAUAAUCUGCAGGGCGAGAAAUUCUACAACGCAGGCCUGGCCUACUGUCAGAGCAAGUUGGCUAAUGUUCUCUUCACUCAGGAGCUGGCCCGGAGGCUGAAAGGCUCCGGCGUCACCACCUAUGCCGUCCACCCCGGCUCGGUCAACUCUGAAUUAACCCGCUACUCAACUUUCAUGACGUGCAUGUGGUGGCUUUUCUCCUGCUUUCUGAAGACCCCUGAGCAGGGCGCCCAGACCAGCCUGCACUGUGCUUUAACAGAAGGCCUGGAGCGGCUGAGUGGGGAAUAUUUCAGGAUUCCUCCCCUGCUCUGCAGACAGCCGUCUCUGUUGCAGGAAGAUAGCACUUGUGCUGCCCCCAGAAACCACCCUCACCAGAGCCGUAGCCUCGGCCCAGGUGGUGCAUGAGUCUGUGAACUCAACCUAAAGGGCCCCUCGGGGGCAUGGCUGGCAUGCUGCAGCCUCUGCAUUCUGCCCCACUGUGAGGGUGCUGACCACUGCACAGUGGACCUCCUAUCUGUGGGCACCUCGGGUGUCCUUCCCUCCAACCAGAUGGCUCCCACUGACCCUUUGAGGCCCCCAGAUCCUGGGACAGGGUAUGCCCAUACUCACACCAUCGUGCCGCCCAGCUUCAUAAGGGGCUGGCACUGGAGGACACAGGCUGGCAGCGGCCCCUGCCUGCCAUGGGACUAGCCCGUAUUCCUACUGUGGCAGCCUUCGCACAGCCCUCCCCCCACACCUGGGCACGCCUCAGCUUCCGGGCAUGGCACCACUGUCCGGCCCAGCCUGGCCAUCUGCUGCCCCGGGGCAAAUGCACAACUUUCCUGGCAAAGUUGAAUCAUGACCCAUUGACAUGACUUAUACCUUUAUUGUACAAAUAUGAUUGAAAGUAGUGGUUGUUUUUGUCUUUUUUAUUUCUUCAGACUAGUAAAUAAGAUGAAUAAGGAUAAAUUCACUUCUGGAACUGUCCCAAGGUAUAUGUUGUAUACAGACAGGCGCGCCAUGCCAGGAGCUUUUAACAUAAUUGUGUCGUUUCUAUGUGCUGUGUGUGUGUUAUUUAUGCCAUUUGUGAAAAUAUCCGUACAUGCCCCAGUUAUCCAUUCGUACAUUGGCGGACGCUCGCAUCGCUCCCACAGAGGGCUGCUGCCGUGAACGUUUGGGCACAGGUUCUACGUGCACGUUUGCUGUUCUCCUGGGCUUAUUACUGGGAGCGAAACUGCCGGGACAGUCAGACCGGUUUCCAAAGUGGCUGCCCCAUCUCACAUCCCAGGCAGCACACUCUAAGUAUGUCCCAUUGCUCCACAUACCUCCUGGUAGGUUGUUCUUUUUGUCACUGCCCUCCGAGUAGAUGUGCAGUGGCAUCUCAGUGGGGCUUUCUUUCAGUAAGGGCAGCGAUAAUAGUGGAGAGGAAGACACAUGCCCAUGCCGAGAAGCAGCUGGGUGACUGCUGGGUCUGUCACGGCCCUUCCCACUGUGCUUUCAGCGCCUCUCUUUC